CUUUCUAACUGACACUUGACGUUGCCAUUUUGACUCCGUUUCUUCCUGAACUUUUUUAAGCUUUCGCGACUUUCAUCGGAAUCGUGAAUAAAACAACAUGGGUGCCUGUUUGGCAUUGAGUUCCCUAGCCAGUUGUGCGUCCUGUUUGUGCGGCUCGGCCCCCUGCCUCCUGUCAUCAUGCUGCCCGUCAACGUACAACUCCACCAUGAGCCGGCUGGCCUUCUCCUUCCUGCUGCUGCUCGGGACCCUGGUGUCUGUCAUUAUGAUUCUCCCAGGCAUGGAGGAACAUCUGAAACAGAUUCCAGGAUUCUGUGUUGGUGGCACAUCCAUACCUGGCGUACAGAACAAGGUGAACUGUGACAUCAUUGUCGGCUACAAGUCUGUGUACCGCAUGUGCUUCGCCAUGGCCUGCUUCUUCGCCCUGUUCUGCAUCAUCAUGAUCCGAGUGCGCAGCAGCAAGGACCCCCGAGCCGCCAUCCAAAAUGGUUUCUGGUUCUUCAAGUUCCUGGUGCUGGUUGGCAUAACUGUGGGAGCGUUCUUCAUUCCAGAUGGCAUCUUUAACACAGUGUGGUAUUACUUUGGCGUGGUGGGCUCCUUCAUCUUCAUCCUGAUCCAGCUCAUCCUGCUGGUGGACUUCGCCCAUUCCUGGAACCAGUCCUGGUUGGAGAAGGCAGAGAACGGGAACCCCAAGUGCUGGUUUGCAGCUCUGCUGUCCUUCACCAUCUUCAACUAUGUCGCCGCUUUCGCCGCUGUCGUGCUCUUCUACGUGUUUUACACCCAACCCAACGACUGCACCGAGCACAAAGUCUUCAUCAGCCUCAACUUCAUAUUCUGCAUCAUUGUGUCCGUCGUGUCCAUUCUGCCCAAAGUUCAGGAGGCUCAGCCCAGCUCAGGCCUGCUCCAGGCCUCCCUCAUCUCCCUCUACACCAUGUACCUCACCUGGUCAGCCAUGAGCAACAACCCCAACCGGCAGUGUAACCCAAGUCUACUGAGUUUGGUCCAGCCUGUUGGUCCACCUCCAACUCCAGCGCCAGGACCCGCCCCUCCUACCCCAGCCCCUUCAAACGUGCAGUGGUGGGACGCGCAGGGCAUCGUGGGACUGACCAUUUUCUUGUUCUGUACUCUUUAUGCCAGCAUCCGCUCCUCCAACAACAGCCAGGUGAACAAGCUGAUGCAGACCGAGGAGGUCCAGGGUCUGACCGCUGAGUACACAGCCGCGGCGGGGGAGGAAGGAGUCCGGCGGGCCAUGGACAACGAAGAGGAGGGAGUCACCUACAGCUACUCCUUCUUCCACUUCAGCCUCUUUCUGGCCUCCCUCUACAUCAUGAUGACCCUCACCAACUGGUUCAUGCCCGACACCGACUACCAGGUCAUGCAGAGCAGCAUGCCGGCCGUGUGGGUGAAGAUCAGCUCCAGCUGGCUCGGCUUGGCCCUGUACCUCUGGACCCUGGUGGCCCCGCUGGUGCUCCCCGACAGAGACUUCAGCUGAAAACAUCUGUACGUGUGGCCGCUAGCCUCUUGCUGUUUGCACCUUGAAGAAAGAUAGCUUUAGCUUCAAGUUGAUCUGCUUGAUUGUUUGAUUUGCUUGCGACUCCACCUUUAAAAUUGGAAAAUGAAAUGGUGAUACGCCUCGUUUUUGACGUGAAGCCAUCGCAUGUGAUGCCUUUAAUGUCAUUUUUUUGUGGCUCAAAUUGAAAUUUGCCGUUUGGCAGCAACAUGGGAUUGUUUGUGUUGACCUUUAAUCACACAUUCCAGUUUUUCCCCAUCAGGUUAUUCUUUCCUCCGCUGUUACAAAUAUUCUGAUUGAGAGCACUACAUGUCUUUAUGGGACAAGACCAAAUGAAACCUAAAAUGUCCUGCUGGGGAAGAGAUGUUUUGGCUUUGUUUGUCUGCAUUUACGUUUAGUUGUUUGUACUUUUUUAUUGUUCAUUUUAAAUCAGUUUGGUUUCAUAGAAAGGUGUCCACAUUUUAUAUAUAACAGUGCCUUAUUAUAUUCUGCACACAAGUUAUUCAAUAUCCUAAAAGUUGAGUUAUCAGUAUGAAGUUACUCCUCAAUAAACUGUAUGCUCAUACUAAA